AUGCGCCGACCAAAUACCAGCGAAUUCGGCGGAGGGCUCUCGCCCACAACUUCGUUGCCAAGCACACCUACCAUGCCCAAAGAAAAGGUUAUCCUGGAAGGCAUCGAAGAGACACUCCUGGCGUCUACAUGGUGUAGGGCCAAAGACGCCCAGAGCUCGGAACCUUUGCUGGGCGAUCCAUAUGCACAAUAUCUCCUGGAUCGCUGCGAUGUGGAUUAUUCACGGAGCACCUUUGCAGCCUUGCACGACGAGCGUUAUGGACGCUUCAUAGCGGGUCGAGCCAAGGAGCUGGAUUCCUGGUGCCGAACUUUUCUAGAAUCCCAUGGCGACCGCCCGUGUCAGGUCCUGCAGCUGGCAUGUGGCCUCGAGAGCAGGGUGUUCCGGAUCAAGAGGGGUCCAAACGUGCGCUGGAUCGACUUGGACAAGCCGCUGGUCACCAACUUGCGGCAACGCCUAUAUACAGAGCCCCCAGAGGGUGACUAUUGCUUACGGAGCCUGUCCGUGACCAAUGACAACUGGCUGAGAGAUAUCCCCCAGGACAGACCGACGCUCGUGAUCGCCGAGGGCCUGCUCAUGUAUCUCAAGGCGGAGCAGUCGAAAAAGGUCAUUACCGACGUCGUGGAUUACUUUGACCUGGGCGGCCAGAUCAUAUUCGACAUCCUGGGCACCAUUUUGACAAAAUACAGCUCCCAGAUUUCGUGGCUCAAGGACAGCGGGGCUACAUAUGGGUGGGGCGUGGAUGAGCCAGGAGAGGUUGCAUCCUUGCAUCCCGAACUGAAGCUGCUCGAGCGACAGUAUUGGCACGAAUACAUGCGAGUCGAGCGCAAGGUCUCGUGUGCUCCGCCCUGGUUCGGGCAAAAAAUCACAAAGCUGGCGGCAGUUCUGCCGUCCUUCAACGACUUUGGCCAGAUCAUGCAGUUCGCUUGGGACUGCCGGAAAGAUCAGAGCCGAAAGGAUUCAUUGAUUGAUUAG